AUGUUUCGCUCAGUUAUAUCCACAUCUUUAAGAUCGAGGAUAUUGAAUGGAUGUGCACGUUCUUUUAGCAUGAAAGUGCAAAAAAAAGAUGAACCACCAAGUUUCAAAAGCAUAGCCGUCGUUGCAGUAAUUGGGUCGAUCAUCUUUGUACAGGCUGUGAAGUCACUUGAAAAGACGAAGCCCAAAACCAACUAUUCCGAAAGUGAGUAUGUUAAUAUAAUACAAGGCUUAAAAAGAAAAGUUUCCAUUUUUAAAUCAGGAUAUCUCAAAGUCCAUUUGUUGAUGCCGGGAGUUCCAUUGAACAAGAUUGGCUCCAUGGAAAAUGCCAAAGUUAUAAAUCCAGCUGAAGUAGUAGAACACUAUAGGAAUAUCCCGGAUGAUAAGUACGAGGCAUUAUUAAACAACUUGCAUGAUACUUAUGGUGAAGAAUAUCUACAAAAGUUGCCAAAUGGUGCACUAGUUAUGUUAUUAGGAAGGUACAUGAAAGAAGUGUGCCAUGAGGGUGAUGAAGUUUAUAUCAAGAAUUUCCCAGAAACUAUUAAGGACGCAAUUAAAUUUGAAAACGAGGUCUGCGUGGUUUCUUCUGUUCUCACGGACAAGGGCAGUGAGGAUUCUCCGGUGGUUAAAUACUUCCAGACAGUUAACAAAGUAAACACUGUUUAA